GUUCCCACAAUGCACGCGCGCCCGAGCAGCUCGAGCGCCGCUGUGUUUAGAGGGAAAACACCGCAGGCCCUGGACAAACUCCAGAAAUUAAAGAAAGAAGGAGAGAAAGAAAUGUGUGAAAUUUUAUUGCAGGAAACGUUCGUGUGCUGAUGGAAGCAGGGAGUGUGUGUUUUUGGCGCCUGGUUAGGGAUCCGAUCCGACACACAAAGUGAACUUGUGCGGGGCUUUAAAGUUUUGUUGGAUGUUGACUAUGUGACGACUACCAACCAUCUCAAGAACUUUUGAAAAAGUUGGAUCUCUGGUAUUCUGAAAUUAUUCUUAACACUCAUCAUAACCAUGCUGUGCAAGAAAUGGCUUCUCCUAAAUGUCCAAGCACAAACAUAAUGAUGUUCCAUGGAAAGGAGCAGCUAAACAGCCACCUACAGACCCAUGACUCCAACAAGCAAGAACUGCAGUGUGAAGAGUGUGGCAAACACUACAACACUCGGCUGGGUCUGAGACGUCACGUGGCCACCCACGCCACCUCUGUGACCGGAGAUCUUUCCUGCAAGGUGUGCCGUCAGGUUUUUGAAAGCAUGCCGACUCUUCUCGAGCACCUGAGCACCCACACCGGCCGUCCUCCUCCAGGCGGAGCCGUGCGGGAGCGAAAGCACCAGUGCGAGCGCUGCGGCCGACGCUUCUUCACUCGCAAGGACGUGAGGCGCCAUGCUGUUGUGCACACAGGCAGAAGGGACUUCCUUUGCCCUCGCUGCGCUCAGCGCUUCGGCCGACGUGACCACCUUACCCGCCACCUGAAGAAGAGUCAUGCUCAGGAGCUGGACAUCCUCACGUCUGCAGCCCCCAAUGUGGUGAAGGAAGAACCGAGUCUGACCAUGUGCACCUCGGGAUCCCCUAAGGAUGCCUCGGAAGCGUUUUCAAUGGGUAUGUUCAAUCCUCAAGGUCUGCAGAGUGCCUCUACCUCAGCAGUCAGUCACCAUCAUUCUGUGGUGCCUGGAUCCCUAUCCAGCCACAUGGGUGUGAGCUGUUAUUUUGAGCCAAGUAAGCACCAGCUCCAACAGUACCAUGAGGCUCAGCGAUACCAACCUGCCUCUGCUACCUCAUAUCUGAAAGUUGAGAUGGAGAACUUCCUGAAUGAGCUACAGUGUGGACCGAUGCCACCUCAGGCCACUGUCGCAACCUCUGCGUCCAGACCGAGCGACCUUAUACCUGAUAGCCUGGGAGGUCAACCUGCCCAUUUCACCCUCAGGAACGCAACCGCCGAGCCUUCACCCACCGCUGCUAACGUGGACCUCUCGCCACUGCUGGGCUUCCUGCCGUUCGGUCUGCCGCCGUACAGUGCCCCUUUGAGUUCAGGAGGUCUUGUAAUGGGAUACUCUACAGCUACCACAGAUUGCUCGCCAACUCCUACCUCUCAGCUCGCUGGGCCGCUCGCCUCGUUUCAGCCGCAGCCGCUGCACGAGCCUCACGCUUUGGGGCAUAUAAAUCAGCCUCCUGGAUUCUCUCCUACUCUACCUCGAUUCCAUCAGGCCUUCCAGCAGUGAUGUUCCUUCUUAAACUGAGUGACACAUAUUCUUGCGUACACCUACAGCGAAGCACUCGGCAGACUUCGAUCGAAGGCUCUUACUUUUACGACUCCAUAAAAUUCUGUAGAACGAGCUGAUUUGGGAGAAUUUUGGAUUGAAUAGAGAUUGUUUUAGAAUAGUUUUGACUUAGCUGGGUUUUUUUUUUUUUAGUACUUCUUCCCUUUAUUCGAUUGUAGUGAUUUAUGGUGUUGUUAUUUAGGUUCAUUUAGUAUCGAGAAGUCCGCAUCGAACUAAACCGAGGAAAUCCGAUGGCGCGCAAAAGUCAGAGACCUCCGUUUAUUUCAGCUAACUUCCAGUCAGAACGGCAAGUCAAAGAUGUCUGCACGUCAGACGGUAAAGCAGGAAACGUGUAUUGAACUGGAAAUAAAACUAUAGUGUGGAAUGUGUGUGGAUGUAUUCCGACUAAGGGUUUCCCGGGAUAAGCCUCGAUCGCAGUUCGCACCCGGACAAAGCAGUUAUCGGGGAUAAAUAAAACCGAAGCUAACACGACUACGCUCGUUAUACAGUACUAGAAACUUCUCAACACAAACACGUUUUAAAAUCUGUCUUCUGGUUCUAUGUAGGAGAACAUCUAAGACAAGAUAUCGCUGUGAUAACUCUUAACAAAAGGCAUCCCGAAAUGUCAGACGUACCCUUUAAAAAUGGCACCUACCUUCAGUCAAGCAACUAUAAAUGGCUACAGGCUAAGUUUUCAAAAAAAAAAAAAAAAAAGAGGUAUUUGCUUUUAUGUAGAAGUGGAAAGGCAAAGGAAAUUCUGUGGUUAAACUUGUGCGGUGUGGAAUUUCCAGAGCCGGAUAUGUCAAGAAAUGACUGUAGAUAUCACAGUGAGAUGAUUUUUGGGAGUAUUUUUGGAUACCGGAGGUGUUGACAGAAAAACGUGGUAUAUCAGUGGGAAGUGGGAGCUCAGUGGUUAAGGUGUUGGUUAAGGUGGAUCAGAAGGUUGUGAGUUCGAUCCCAAGGGCCACCGAGCUGCCACUCCUGGGCCCCUGAGCUAAAUGUCACAAAUGUAAAUACCGUACUAGUUGAUACUAGUUGAAAACAAAAAUGCUGAAUAGAAAAAGUUCUGAUCUUUAGUGAUCUUAAACCUGUCAAAGUUAUUUUGACACCGAACAAAUCACUAGCUGUUCAUUUCGUCUGGAAACGAAAUAAAGUGUGAUCUCUGACUUUUACGCAGUCCUGUUCCUUGUUAUACUCUUUGGGAAAAAAAGAGACUGGAUUUAUCACAGUGUUCUCCAUUGUACAAGCACUUUUCUCAGUCCGAAGCACUUCCAUGACUUAAGAGUCAGUUUGAACUGUGGUCUUUAAUCACAUCCCAUCUCGCAGCUUUCACACAGUACGUAAUCUACCUCUUUUAGUGGACUUCUCCGUAAGGGAGCCGUCUCCCUCUCGUGAUAUCGGCUAGAAAAGCAAAGCGAAUCCUCGUAUGAAAAGAUGUAGUGGAUGUAGAGAACUUUUAAAACAAAACAAAAAAAAGAGAACUUUAAAACAAAAGCAAAAAAAAAAAAAAGUGGGGAUUUUAGAGUGCAUUUCGGUAGUAAGGAAUCUGAGACGAUUAUAGAGUCAGGUGUUCUAAAAAGAAUUAGCUUUUAUCCAUGUUGUUUUAGCAUUUACAGUGAUUUAAAUUUAAAACGGUGCCGUUGUGUUACGUAGAUCGACGACGUACGGAACGACGGUGAAGUGUGAAGACAAUUUUGUUUGUUUUGUUGCCUGUAACUCUUAAUUUCUCUCUGUUCAUUCCAAAAAUUCAUUGGAAAAGCAAAUGAUUUCAAAUAUUAAAAAUACGAUAUCAUUCAAAAAGAAAUGGCUAUCUGAAGGAACGUAUGGUUACUGGUUCCUAACAGAAGGAACUUAAUUUAAUUUUUUUUUAAAAGUUCACCUUGUGUUUUUUUUUCUUAAAGGUCCCCAACAGAAACAAAUCAAAGUUUUCGUCCCUUGAAUCCACAAAGUAUUUUGUUUUAUGAGACUUAUGAGUUACUUUUCCCGUUAUGGAUGUUACACAAGUUAAUGACAGUCUUAUCGUUCUGCAAAUGGCACGACUCGGGAGCAGAAGUAAAAAAAACCUGAGUUGAAAUGGACUGGAACCCAAUGUUACUGUGACGUGUUUGGACUCAGACGUAUCUACCUCAGACAUAUCUGCAACUGUGUUUAUGUGGGUAUCUCACUGGAGUAAGAUGGUUUACAUCUUUAAUAAUGUCCAA